AUGUACCACAUGCCCCAGGACCAGGAGGCUAUCCCCCGUCCUGUGGUCACGGACGUGGAUGGCAAGCCGUUUCCGGACCGGCUGAACAACCCUGCGAGUAUGCCGUCGAGCCCUCCGACGGACGCCGGUGUUCUUCCUGCCCCCCGCGCGUCCGCGUCGCCCGUGUCCCCAGCGCAGAUCCACCAGAGCGUCUCGUCGACCAUCCGCAACUCGUCCAUGUCCAGUUGCGACCGCUGCAAGACAGCUUUGCGCCUAGGUCAAUCGCUUGCGCAGUCGCAGCCCCAUAAAGUACCGGGCCUCUUAGUUCAGCUGUGCAAGGAGUUCCAGUACAAGCAGUUUGGUCGCAAUCCCGACGUGAAUCGCACUUGCGAGCUCUCGUAUACGGCCGGCGGCCAAGGCGGCGUUUUUACGCAGGUCCUCUCGUACGCUGACCUGUCGGACGGAAGCACUGAUGCGGACUACAUUUGUGCCCAAUUCUUCUAUGGCUUCUGCCCUAUGCCUAAGCCCGCUGUGCUCUCCGAAGACUUUUUGAACGACUGGUUCGACGGUCAGCGCACGCCUCCUGCGCAUGUCUUGACGCGGUCCAAAAGUGUGGGGCCCUCGUCGCGCAAGAAUUUGCAGGUGCUCUGGACCUCGGAUAUCCACGUCGAUGGCCGCUAUGCUGUUGGCGCCGAGGCUGAAUGCUCCUACGGGUACUGCUGCCGCUCCAACUCGUUCAACACAUCCACAUUUGAUGCGCAUGGCUACCUCACUGGGAACCAGACAGUGCCCCGGCAGAACAUCUCGACCUCGUCGCCGUACUGGGGCUAUGAAGGCUGCGAUGCACCUUGGUCACUCGUGGCCUCGGCCUUUGAGGCGAUGCAGCACUUGGGUGGCAAGUCUGGCUUUGAUCUUGCGCUCUACACGGGCGAUUUGGUUGCGCAUGCUCAGACGUGGGAAGAGUCGCGCGACUUGGUACGAUACUCCGAGUCGGGUCUGUACGACAUGAUGCGACACUAUCUUGGCAACACCACGGUCGUUACGGCUAUUGGAAAUCAUGACUCGAGUCCUACUGAGCAUGCAGCGCCACACGCUCUCCCUGAUGGUCGCAGCCGCCAGUUCAGUUGGGACUGGGGCUAUGUGUCCAAGCUGUGGAAGAGCGAGGGCUGGCUCGAUGACACACAUGCGAAUACCCCUUUCCCUGGAUUACGCGUCAUCUCGUUCAACACCGACUUUUGGUACAGGGGCAACAGCUUCGCCUUCAUCCACACCUCGAACCCCGACUACAGUGGCACGCUGCGCUGGGUCACCGACGAACUGCAGCGUGCAGAGGAUGCGAAUGAGCGUGUUUGGGUCAUUGGGCAUGUGCUCCCCGGCUGGGACGGCUACAGCUCGAUGGACCGCCCCACGAACCUGUUCUACCAGAUCGUCACGCGAUACCAGCACACAAUUGCGCACAUGUUCUUUGCACACUCGCACGAAGACACGUUCAGCGUGUUUUAUGCCAACUCGAAUGGUAAUUCUAGCAGCGCGUCGACCAAGACUAGUCAGGCUGUCGGUGUCUCGCUUUUCUCGCCCUCCGUCACGCCUCUGACGAAUAUGAACCCGGGCAUUCGUGUGCUUGAAGUGGAUCCUCAGACCUACGAAAUCAUGGACUACCACCAGUACUACACACCACUGCAAGAUGUCCAAAACAAAACGUCAACGGACACUGGACUGGUGUGGUACCAUCUUUACAGUGCUCGCGAGACGUAUGGCAACUUUUCGGCGGCACAGAAGGCGGGCAGCUAUUCAGCGCCCGUUGCACUUAAGAAUGGCCAGUGGCCCGCAGCGGUCCCAUUGAAUGCUUCGUUCUGGGCAUCCGUGUCUGACGAAGUGCUCGCCCGCCCUGAGCUCGCCAGUCUCUUUAAUACCUACCAGGGCAGGAAUAGUCCGAUGAGCCCGCCGUGCAACACCGAGGCAUGCGCUCAAGCUAAGGCAUGUUUCAUGCGCGCUGGUUCCUUUGCCCUAGGCAAAGCGUGCGGCAGUAGCUAUUCUACGGUGCAGUGA